AUGGACGACUGUCUCCACUCUAUAACAUCAUCUUUGGACUCUACGAUAACUUCGAUUGCUAAAAUAAUUGAAUCGGUUAAGGAAAAUGAGCAUCCUCAAAUGAUCCAAGAGUUGUUAAAGCAGCACAAUAUACCUCAACUAGAAGGUGUAUCUUUAUUAACAUUAAAGAACAACUCCUUACUCUCAUACCUUAAUAAUUUGGUGAUUAUCUUAUUAGCAAAGUUACAGGAAGUUGAAGAAGAAAGUCUGGAAAACUUUAAUUCGAUAGAAGCUAUAAGAUCCAAUGCCAUCGAGAAUACUAUCGUACAAAGAGUAAACCUUGAGAAAGGUAUAAAGCCAUUGGAGAAGAGACUCAGCUACCAAUUAGAUAAGAUGAUUCGUAGUUAUAAUAGGAUGGAAAGUGAAGAACAAGAUACAAGAAAAAGCAUCGAACAAAGUAGUAACAACAGGAAGAAAGCAGCAGGAUCAGAUUCAGAGUCUGGCUCAGAGUCUGGCUCAGAGGAUGACUCAGAUUUCGACUCUGAAGCUGAAGAUGACAACCUUCAAUACAAACCCGAUGUCCAAGCACUUACCAAGCUCACACCUAAAGAUAAACAUAGCAAAUCUGCUGGAAAGAGCUCUACUUCCAGCGAAAAGUAUAAACCUCCGAAGAUCUCUGCGGUUGAACCUCCAAAGCCAAUUGCUUCUGCAUCUUCUUCAUCCUCAUCCUCCUCAAAUAGGAAGCUUCAAAGUAUGGAAGAAUAUCUCAAUGAAAACUCAGACCAGCCUACGUUGGAAACUUCUAUUGGUGCCGCUGUGGUGGAUCACGGAAAGGGUGGUGUAAGGACAAACAAGGAAAGAGAAAAGGAAAGAGAAAUCCAACGUUAUGAAGAAACCAAUUUCACCAGAUUGCCCAACGCCGCCACAAAGAAAUCAUUCAAGGAGAAGCAGAGCGACUUGGUUAAUAAAUUCGCUGGUGAAGACUGGUCUAUUUUCAAUAAUAAGAGAAGUGUAAGUGAGUCAACUUCUAGAAAGAGAAAGCCUAACACUGCAUGGGAUAGAGUCAAGAAGAGAAGAAGUUAA